CAACGGUUGCUAGAACCAUCCUCCACUUCCCAUCACCGCCUCACAUAAAAACCCUUCUUCCGUUUCUUCUUACACCAAAAACCCUAAACCCUUCACAGCGCCCAAAUCUAUUUCCUCUCUUUCAUUUCUCUCUUCUACCAAUUGCCUUCCGACAUGGCCACCGGCGUCCUCCUCCGUUCUCUUCGACGUCGCGAUUUAGCCUCCUCCUCCCUUUCUGCUUACCGAUCCUUGACAAGUAAUGCCAAGCCGUCGUGGGGAAACUCUCACCUUAGUCAUUCAUGGGCGAGUUUGUCCAGGCCGUUCAGUUCAAAACCUGCUGGGAAUGAUGUAAUUGGUGUUGACUUGGGUACCACCAAUUCUUGCGUUGCUGUCAUGGAAGGGAAGAAUCCAAAAGUUAUUGAAAACUCAGAAGGAGCUAGGACCACACCAUCGGUGGUUGCUUUCAAUCAGAAAGGUGAACUGCUUGUAGGAACGCCGGCAAAGAGACAGGCAGUGACUAAUCCAACAAAUACUGUGUUUGGAACCAAGCGUCUGAUUGGUAGACGCUUUGAUGACCCUCAGACGCAGAAGGAAAUGAAGAUGGUGCCAUACAAGAUAGUCAAAGCUCCAAAUGGAGAUGCUUGGGUUGAAGCCAAUGGACAGCAGUACUCGCCAAGCCAGAUUGGUGCUUUUGUAUUAACAAAGAUGAAGGAAACUGCUGAGGCGUACCUUGGAAAGAGUGUGUCCAAGGCCGUGAUUACUGUUCCAGCUUACUUUAACGAUGCACAGAGACAAGCAACAAAGGAUGCUGGCAGGAUUGCUGGUUUGGAAGUUCUUAGAAUUAUCAACGAGCCCACUGCUGCUGCACUUUCUUAUGGAAUGAACAACAAGGAGGGCCUUAUUGCUGUCUUUGAUCUUGGUGGUGGCACAUUCGAUGUUUCCAUCUUGGAGAUAUCCAAUGGGGUUUUUGAGGUGAAAGCAACAAAUGGUGACACAUUCUUGGGUGGAGAAGAUUUUGAUAACGCCCUUUUGGAUUUCCUAGUGAGCGAGUUCAAGCGAACUGAGGGAAUUGAUCUUACAAAGGACAGGCUUGCCUUGCAGAGGCUUAGAGAAGCUGCAGAAAAGGCAAAGAUUGAACUGUCAUCCACAUCACAGACUGAAAUUAACCUGCCAUUUAUCACUGCUGAUUCAACCGGUGCAAAGCAUCUGAACAUCACUUUGACCAGGUCGAAGUUUGAAAGUCUUGUCAACCACUUAAUUGAAAGGACCAAGGCCCCAUGUAAAAAUUGUUUGAAGGAUGCCAGUAUUUCUAUCAAAGAAGUGGAUGAAGUGCUUUUAGUUGGUGGAAUGACUCGUGUACCUAAGGUACAAGAGGUUGUUACAGAAAUUUUUGGGAAGAGCCCCAGCAAAGGAGUGAAUCCUGAUGAAGCAGUUGCUAUGGGAGCUGCAAUUCAGGGUGGCAUUCUUCGUGGUGAUGUCAAAGAAUUGCUUCUUCUGGAUGUUACCCCACUUUCUCUCGGUAUUGAGACACUUGGUGGUAUCUUUACCAGGUUGAUCAGUCGGAACACUACUAUUCCAACUAAGAAAAGUCAGGUAUUCUCAACCGCAGCUGACAAUCAGACUCAGGUGGGUAUCAAGGUAUUGCAAGGUGAGAGGGAAAUGGCUGCUGACAACAAGCUUCUAGGGGAGUUUGAGUUAGUUGGAAUUCCUCCUGCCCCAAGAGGAUUGCCUCAAAUUGAGGUGACAUUUGACAUCGAUGCAAAUGGCAUCGUUACCGUCUCUGCAAAGGACAAGUCCACUGGUAAAGAACAACAAAUCACGAUCCGAUCUUCUGGAGGACUCUCAGAGGAUGAAAUUGACAAAAUGGUCAAGGAAGCAGAGCUGCAUGCCCAGAAGGAUCAAGAGAGGAAAGCUCUCAUUGACAUCAGAAACAGUGCGGAUACGACCAUCUACAGCAUCGAGAAAAGCUUGGGUGAGUACAGGGAGAAAAUACCAAGUGAGGUUGCCAAAGAAAUCGAGGAUGCAGUGGCAGACUUGAGGAAGGCAAUGUCAGAAGACAACCUCGAAGAGAUCAAGUCAAAACUGGAUGCUGCAAACAAAGCUGUAUCUAAGAUUGGUCAGCACAUGGCUGGUGGUUCAGGUGGUGGUGCCGCUGGAGGAGGAUCCCAGGGUGGUGAACAGGCAUCUGAAGCUGAGUACGAAGAGGUGAAGAAAUAAGCUUAAAGACGCAAGGCUUCGAUUGUCUCAAUGGCUCAGACUUUUUCCUUCUUUUUACAAUCAAAGGUUCUCUCUAAUCAUAAUUCCGUGGUAGGACUAAGAAAUUUAGCGGAUUUUGUAUCUAAAUGUGCUGUGGAGGUUGGAAUAUGUUUAGAAUGUUCCCGAUAUAGUUGCGGUAAUUUUGUUGUUUGGUUUCGUUGAAUUCAUUGGUAAACAGUGAUUUGAGUCACUGCCUUAAUGUUUUGGAUGUGAUUAAAAGGGGAUUCAUUCUCUAAA